GGAGCGGCUCAGGCUGUGCGGGAGCGGUGCGGGGUGUGGGGGAUGCAACGAGGUGUGAGAUGUCGCAGGGGUGUACGGGGAUGGCGUGCGGAGCGGCUCCGGCCGUGCGGGAUGUCACAGGGAUAAUGGGGGUAGUACCCGGCGUCUGGAGCGGCUCAGGCUGUGCGGGAUGUCACAGGCUGUGCGGGGGUAGUACCCGGCGUGCGGAGUGGCUCAGGCUGUGCGGGAUGUCACAGGGAUAAUGGGGGUAGUACCCGGCGUCUGGAGCGGCUCAGGCUGUGCGGGAUGUCACAGGCUGUGCGGGGGUGGCGCAGGGCAGUGCGGGGACAGGGGACAGCGGUCGCUGGCGGGAGGUUCGUGCCGGUGCGGGGAACGGGGCACGCAGCGAUGUGAGGGGCCAGGGCGCUGCCGAGCCCCGUGCUGGCGGCUGCUCUGUUCCGCGGCAGCGCCGACACCCCGCGCUGGAAUGCCCUUUGCAGCGCGGGCCGUCCGCCCGCUGCUCUGUGGCACUGCCGGGAGUGACACCAGGCAGCUCCCUCCUGUCACAGCCCCCGUCACCUCCCGUGCGUGUGACAGCACCGGCCUCUCUCCGCGACUGCCGCACGUGGGUCCCUGGGCUGGGGACAGCCGAAAGCUUGGCCAUCCUGCAUCUUCUUCGAAGUACAGACAUACCCAGUCCAGACUCAGAAUGAGCUGCAGCAACUGGAUAAAUCUAUUGGGACCAUAAAGAAUUCAAGUGGUUAAUUUGGGUUAAAAGGUGGAAUGCCUCCUGUCCCUCAAGUGGCUCAGCAGAUCAGCCAGGAGGAAAACCACCAGCAAAAUGGACCAAAUUUGUCAAGUUUGCUUCAUUCCUUACCUGCUGCACACAGCAGGAACCCAGCUCUGCCCCAGCAGGUACAACCAGCAGGAUGGGAUAAGAACCAUGUGCUUGUGGUCCCAGCUCCAGUUCCCUCACAGCAACAGGAAAAUGAAAUUCUACAGCGAAUAGCAGCACUGAGGAAAGUUUAUGAUCUCUGAAACCUCUGCCCAAACUCCAUCAGGCCCCACAGCACAAAUCAUACCAUGAUUUAACUUUUGGAAGAAAUGCAGUGGAUGGCAACAGAUUUUUUUCAAGAAAGAGGAUGAAAGAUGGGUUAAUGUGUCAAGGUGGGAAUAGAUGGAUCUGGAAUGCCAGUUCUACAAAGGCAAAUGUUUUAAUUACGAGCAGUGAAUUAACUGCAGAGCUUGUCAUUUGAGGGUGCUGCCCUGUUUGUGACUCCUGGUAACAUGAGCACAAUGCUCUAUUUCCAUGGUGUGGGCUCUUGGAACCUUUUAAAGUAACAGCAGCUGCUCUCUGCAGCGUCACAUGACACGUGGCUCUUCCAGCUCCACUUCAAUCCUGCCAUCAGCUGGGAGCUUUUUCAUCUUUCUCAGAUACUGUGCUAUUAUUACUAUUAUUUUUUUUUUAACUGCAGCAGAAUAGUAGUAAAAUAUUUCUUUACUUUUUGGGUUUUCUUUUCUUUUACUGUAACUUAAGCACACAGACUGGUCUCUAUUUGAUGUGAUUGGGAUGGAAAACCAAAUUUCUUGUUAUGAAGCACAAAUGCUGCCAAAACUGAAGGUAACUGGAAAGCUUAUUGAAGAGAUCUGCUCCCCUUCAUCACCCAGACCUGAGCCAGUAAAGCUCCAACCAAACAGGGUAUUCCAGAAGAAAGAGACAACUGAAGGAACACCUGGACAAAAUAUUCUUCUGGAAUGAGUGUCAUAUUUCCAGAACCCCCUGUAUGGCAGAGACCUGUUGGAAACAUGCUCUGGGAUCAGUGAAAGAAAAAUCUCUCAGCAUUGUUCUGCCAGGAUUAACAAAUGGUGCUGGGCUGGCUUUGCAAAUUGCCUUCCAUACUCCAGCACUUCAGAGGCUCUAAGGAUCCAUUGCAGGAACUUUUUCUGACACUGAAACAGCAGCAGAUUGCCCUGAAGGAUGUUAUUUCCAGAGACCUGUGUGUGUUCCCAGCUGUAUUUGUUGCUCCUCCAUAUUUGUAUGGAGAAAAUCCUUCCUACACAUGGAGCCAUGGAAUGAAAGUCCUGCAGCUGAGUCUCGAGGAGCAGAGAUGGUGCAGCGUGAUUCAGGAAUUCAUAAAAAGCUUCAACCAAGACAAGUGAUCCUUCUGUGCUAUCCUGUCUUCCCACACUCCCUCCACAGGUGUCAGUCACACAGAUGUGAUUCCUGUUGUCUUCUAUGACACUGAUGGACACAUAGAUGGGCGUGACAAAAGUGCAAGAGGCAGAGAUACCCACACAUACAGGCUUGUAAGUGGUAAUUCUAUGAAGAGAGGCUGUUGAAAAAGAGUAUUAAACAUGAUUCAAGAACUGGCUGCUCAGGGAAGGGAUUGCUCAACAGACUUUUUAUCUCAGGUACUGUAACAUUAAAAAUGUGAGCAGUCAUUUAAUGAUACAUAAAAAAUAAGUGUUUUACUAGAUCUGAGACAGAAUUUUGAAAAGGUAGUGGUUUAUUUAUUUCUAGGCUUGUUUGGGAACCAGUGAUAUGUGUUCACAGUUAAAUUGAGUAGAAAUCCUGAACUGUCAGCACAUAUAGAAAAUCAGAAGGUAACAAUAUCUAAUAAAUAUUGGUAAUAUCGAUAUUGAUAAAUUGUAAUAAAGAUUGGCCUGUUCCAAUGAUAAUGUUACCCUUUUAUUGACAUUGUUUUAAUCAAUCAAAAGCAACAUCUGCAGCAAAAGGUGUCAAAUACAUCUGUAAUCUGACUUUUCUAAACUUGAUUUUAGGAUGACUUAAAAGUUUUUGCAUUUUUUCUUAAGAGGUCUUGGAUCCUAUCAGUGAUGUGGUUAACUCUUGUAACAAUGUUCAUCACUCCCCAAAGCAAUGCCAAAAUUGGUACAUAAUAACCAUUAGAAGUCCAGAGGGGAAGGAGAGUUUAAGUUGAACCUUGCUUUGCAUUGUGAGGACUUGGGGGCUUCUGGGGUCUUUUUUGUUGGGUUUUUUUUUUAAUUCCUCAUUGUUAUUAAAGUACUACAAGAGUGUUUACUGAGCAGAAACAUAACUAGAUUUUAGAAUUUUGAAUAGCUUGGUACACAAGCAAAUGUUAGUAAAUACUCCUAACAGUAUAACUAAUAUAGGUUAUAUUUAUUAUAUUUCCAUACACUUAGGAAUAUGAAUUCCCCCAAUGUUAUUACAAUAUGACCUUGGAUGUAUAAUUUGUUAAAAAUAAGAGAGGGGAGCUAUUUAACUUUUAAGUGGUAGGAUAUGAAUUGUCUCCAGUCAAGACUAUUGGUAACUAUGAAUUUUGAGACAGGACACUUUUGAUUAUGUAUUUUUGGUACCUAAGCUUUCACUUUGUAUUUAUUGCAGAAUGUAGGUGGUCAUCCUCCUUGUGUUAGACAAACCUGUGCUAACGACCAGAAUUCUGAGUGCAUUCAAAUCUGUAUAAAUCACUUUGAGUUGAUGACAAUGUGUACUAGAAACAGAAGUUCCUCAUAUAGAUUUCUCUAAGUUCUCCUGUCAAUAUUUUUCUCAGAUUUAACAGUAAAUCACUGGUGGUCUGAUUGGUGAAUUUGUUUUCUCUUAAGCACGAACGUAUUUCACGGGGAUCUUUUUCUUAUCAAAGGCUCUGUGAUGAUCUUUAGCCUUAAGUAGUGUUUACUGUCCAAGAAUCAAAUCUGUGCUCGUGCUGAUGUAAAGAAAAGCCUGAAGUGCUUCAGUACAGCUCCAUCCGAUGUAGCACAAGUCCUUCCUCAUGUCCGGUGGACCCUCCUGAGCAUCAGUGAGCGCCCUUUGUCUCCUGUCCUGCAACCCGGCACCCCCGAGCAGAGCCGGCCGUGCUCCGAGCUCCCUGACAGACGGGGAUGGGGUCCCCUCUCAGCUCCAGGCUGAACAGCGCCGGCUGCUCAGCCUUUUCCCGUCGGAGAUGCUCCAGCCCUCCAUCCCCGCUGUUCCCCGGCUGGCCCCGCUCCAGGCGCUCCCGGUCUCUCCUGCCCUGGGCCGUGCAAGCCCCGCCAGCUGCCAGUGUGGAUUCUCACUCCGUGUCUUGAAGAGUAGCGACAGCCCCGCUCCGUGCGCGGACAGAAACUACCCAUUGCUCGGUGCUUGCGCUGCCCUGCCUCUGCUAAAUAAAUAUCAUUUUCCUGCGCUGUCGCCGAGCCCGUUCCUAUCGCGACAGGACCCGCGGGCCGCCUCCGCGGAGCGCGCAGGCGCGGCGCUGGCGCAGGCGCGGCGCGGCCCGCGGGUGCCGGCGCAGGCGCGGCGGGACGCGGUUUGUCUCCUGCCGGCGCUGGUAGCGGCGCCCCCGCCCGCGCUUCCUGCCCGCAGCGAAUGGAACCCGCGGCGCCCGCGACUAUACUGUAAAACCUUAGAUCAGUGAGAAUGCACCAUGGCAAUGGUCCUCAGAAUGCCCAGCGCCAGCUCCAGAGGUCCAGGUCCUUCACGGGCAGUGAGGGAGAAGAACAACAGGCAAAUUUACCCCAGUCCCCCGCAGCCUCUUUCGCGCCUUCUGCGAGUCCCUCGGCGCCGCAGUCGCCCAGCUACCAAAUCCAGCAGUUCAUCAUGAGCCGGAGCCCCGUGGCUGGGCAGAACGUCAACAUCACCCUGCAGAACGUGGGCCCGGUGGCCUCGGGCAACCAGCAGAUCACUCUCACCCCGCUGCCGCUUCCAAACCCGACGUCCCCGAGCUUUCAGUUCAGCCCCCAGCAGAGGCGCUUUGAGCAUGGAUCCCCCUCGUACAUCCAGGUCACCUCUCCGCUGCCCCAGCAAGUGCAGUCCCAGAGCCCCACGCAGCCCAACCCGGUGCCGGUGCAGGCGCUGCCCAGCGUCCGGGCGGGCACUCCCGGGGCUGGCCUGGGCAUGUGCAGCCAGAGCCCCACCAGAGGGUUUGUGGAUGCCAGCGUGCUGGUGAGACAGAUCAGCCUGAGUCCUUCCAACGGCGGACACUUCGUGUACCAGGAAGGACCGGGGAUUGCACAGAUUGCUCAAGGAGCUGCUGCACAAGUGCAGCUUCCAUCGUCCGGGCCGCCUGCCACGGUGAGGGAGCGCAGGCUUUCGCAGCCUCACUCGCAGUCUGGGGGCACCAUCCACCACCUCGGCCCUCAGAGCCCCGUGGCCAGUGGGGCAAAUAUGCAAUCUUUGACUAGCCCGGGCCACAUCACAACGACCAGCUUGCCACCCCAAAUCAGCAAUAUUAUCCAGGGGCAGCUAAUGCAACAGCAGCAGCAAGUGCUUCAAGGGCAGCAGCUGAGUAGACCCCUUGGAUUUGACAGGACUUCUGGUGGAUUGAUAGCAGGGGUUGGAGGACCGAGUGCGUUUGGAAUGACAUCACCUCCUCCUCCCACAAGUCCUUCACGGGCCACUGUGCCACAGGGGCUGUCGAGUCUUCCUCUCACUCCUACAGCUAACACAGCAGUGAAAAAACAGCCCAAAAAGUUGGAGGAGAUUCCUCCUGCCAACCAAGAAACUGCUCAAAUGAGAAAACUAUGUUUGGAUCAUCACCACAAGCAGAUGGAAAUUCUUAAGGAAACUUUUAAGGAAUGUUUGAUUGAACUGUUUUUCCUGCAACAUCUUCAAGGGAAUAUGAUGGACUUUUUAGCUUUUAAGAAGAAACAUUGUGUUCCUCUGCAAGCAUACCUGAGGCAAAAUGACUUGGACCUGGAGGAAGAAGAAGAGGAAGAACAAUCUGAGGUCAUCAAUGAUGAGCAAACGCAUACAGGGACUCCAGCGACGGGGACUGUGAGCACCAUAGAGAUUGAAGCUUUUAAGAGACAGCAGCAGGCCCUUGCACCAGCAGAUUCGUCUAAGAGACCACGAAUUGAAGUGGGCCGUCAUGGGAUGGUUUUUCAGCACCCGGGUGUGGCUUCAGGAGUUCCUCUUCAACAGCUAAUGCCAACGGCACAAGGUGGGAUGCCUCCCACUCCGCAGACGGUGCAGCUGACGGGGCAGAAGCAGAGCCAGCAGCAGUACGACCCCUCCAAGGGCCCUCCGGUGCAGAACGCGGCCAGCCUGCACACGCCGCCGCCGCAGCUGCCGGCGCGCCUGCAGCCCGCCAACGUCCCCAUGGCGUCGCUGCCCGCCACCCUGCAGCUCCCCCAGCAGCAGCCUCAGCUGGUGGAACCUCCGGCCCAGCCGCAGAUCCAGGUGAAGAUCCAGCCCCAAAGCGUGCCCCUGACGGCCGCCCCGCUUCCGGCGCCGCUGCAGCAGCAGGUGCCACCAGCGAUCCACGUGCAAGGACAGGCGCCCAGCCAGGUGUCGCAGCCGCAGGCUGCCAUACAGCAGCAGACUGUGACUCUGACACGGCCAUCUGCAGAUCCUGCUCAGAGUUCUCAGCGUCUUGCAGCAAAUCCACUGCCACCUACCUCAUCCAUCGCUCCAGCAGCGAUCCCAGGCACAACACCGCCUUCUCCAUACCCAGUGCAAACAAACAGGACCUCUCCAGCAACCAACAAAUCCCUGUCUCCUAUUGCAUCCAAGCCUCCUGGCUUAGCAGUAGCAGCAGCAGCACCUAAAACACAAAGUCCAGCUCAGAAUGCAGCGGUGUUGCCACAGGAAAACUCUCAAGACAAGCUGGCUGAGCAAGUCAAGCUGGAAAAUCAAAUCCACCAGCGGAUAGCAGAACUGAGAAAGGAAGGUUUAUGGUCCCCCAGGCGACUGCCUAAACUCCAAGAGGCUCCAAGACCAAAAUCCCACUGGGAUUAUUUGCUGGAAGAAAUGCAGUGGAUGGCAACUGAUUUUGCCCAGGAGAGAAAGUGGAAGAUGGCAACUGCUAAGAAGAUGGUAAGAACUGUGGCUCGUUACCAUGAAGAAAAGAAACUUAAUGAAGAGCGAGCUAAAAGGGAAGAACAGAACAAACUGAGGAGGAUUGCAGCAUCCAUUGCUAGGGAAAUAGAGUAUUUCUGGUCUAACAUUGAGCAGGUUGUUGAAAUUAAACUGCAAAUUGAAUUUCAAGAGAAAAGGAAAAAAGCUUUGAAUCUAAAGAGAUUUUCAAGGAAAGGUAAGGAUGCAAAAGAAGACUUUUAUUUGGAAAAAGAAAGUGAAAUGGGGGGUUCAUCAUCUGGAAGAAAAAGAAAGGCAAGCACAUCUUUGACUGAUGAGGAAGUUGAAGAUGAAGAAGAAACAAUUGAAGAACAAGAAGCUAAAGAGGGCAACAUAAACCAUCAAACUGAAUUGUCUAAUCUAGCCAAAGAAGCUGAAUUGCCUCUGGAAGAAUUGGUGAAGAUGUACGAAGGUGCCUUUGCAGAAAAUUUUCACUGGCCCCAGCCAAAGCCUGACAGUGAAGAGGAGAGCAGUGAGGAAGAAAUGGAAGACCACAUGUCUGAUAGGGAAAGUCCCCAGAAAGAAGUUGUCCUCAUAGAUUCCCUUCUCAGCAUUGACCAGUACAAGGGCAUGGACAGAUCAAGUCCUCCCAAGAAGCACAUGCGAGACAUAGCAGAAGUUGCUGCUGCAGCAGAGAUGUUGUUACCUAAAGGCAGCUCCAGGAUAACAACAGCAGUAAAAUACAACACUCCAUCACUGUUGUAUGGGUCUCUCAGAGAAUAUCAGAAGAUUGGGCUGGAUUGGCUGGCAAAGCUGUACAGGAAGAAUCUCAAUGGCAUCCUGGCAGAUGAGGCAGGGCUUGGAAAAACUGUGCAAAUUAUUGCUUUUUUUGCCCAUUUGGCUUGUAAUGAAGGGAACUGGGGCCCUCACCUUGUUGUAGUCCGGAGCUGUAACAUAUUGAAGUGGGAGCUGGAAUUGAAACGCUGGUGCCCGGGGUUGAAAAUACUUCUCUACUUUGGGAGCCAAAGAGAACUUAGGGCAAAAAGACAGGAAUGGACAGAACCCAACAGCUUCAAUGUGUGCAUCACUUCCUACAAGCAGCUGUUCAAGGGCCACACAGCAUUCAUGAAAAUGCGAUGGAAAUACUUAAUAGUAGAUGAGAUGCAGCAAAUAAAGAAUAUGACUGAGAAACACUGGGAGGCACUUUUCAAUCUCCGCAGCCAGCAUCGUUUGCUUCUGAUAGACACUCCUUUGCAUAACACAUUGAUGGAGCUGUGGACCAUGGUACAUUUUUUGAUUCCGGGAAUUUCCAGACCUUACCUGGAUUUUCCAGUAAAAGCACCUAAUGAGGAGAACCAGGAUUAUUGCCAUAAACUGGUCAUCAGGUUGCACAGAAUGAUUCAGCCGUUUAUUUUGCGGAGAUCAAAGAGGGAUGUUGAGAAGCAGCUCACGAAGAAGUAUGAGCACGUGCUCAAGUGUCGUCUGUCUAGUCGACAAAAAGCCAUGUAUGAGGAUGUCAUAUUGCAGCCAGGAACCCAGGAAGCCCUCAAAAGUGGACACUUCAUCAGUGUCCUGCAUGUCCUGAUGCAGCUGCAGCGGAUCUGUAACCACCCUGAUCUGAUAAACCCCCGGCUUUCAAGCUCCUCUUACGUGUCAGAAACACUGGAAUACAGAACAGCCUCUCUGGUGCUGCGAGCCCUGGAAAGGGAUAUUUGGAAGGAAUCAGACCUGUCUCUUUUUGAUCUCAUUGGAAUGGAAGACAAAAUGACUCAUUAUGAAGCACAAAUGUUGCCAAAACAAAAGGUUACUAGAAAGCUGAUUGAAGAAAUCUACAGCUCCCCUCCACCACCAGCGAGGCCCAACCCAGUGAAGCUCAAACCAAGCAGGUUGUUCCAGCCCGUUCAGUAUGGUCAGAAGCCCGAGGGCAGGACUGUGGUCUUCCCAAGCACUCAAGUCCAGCGCACGGUGACCACGGCAACGGUGACUCAGCAGGGACAAGUUCGAGGCAGAUCCCCCAUAGCCACGGUGUCCUCAAAUCAAGCUGCAGCAGCACAGUUUCAGACAACUCAGGCUUCCACCAGUGCUCCAAGACACCAGCCCGCAGCGACCUUCACCACAGCAACUAGCGCAGCCAACCCUGUGAAACCGCGGGGCCAGACCUCUGCGCCGGCCCCGCAGCCGGGCCAGCCCCAGCCACAGCCACAGCCACAGCCCCCCCCGCACACCAUCCAACAGAGUGUGCUGCCUCAGAGGCUCGUACUGACCUCUCAGGCCCAGGCACGGUUGCCUAGUGGUGAGGUAGUAAAAAUAGCCCAGCUGGCUUCUAUAGCAGGAGCACAAGGCAGGAUUGCUCAGCCAGAGACCCCAGUGACUCUGCAGUUCCAAGGGAACAAGUUCACCUUAUCACACAGUCAACUCCGGCAGCUCACUGCAGGGCAGCCCCUGCAGCUACAAGGAAGUGUCCUUCAGAUUGUGUCAGCCCCUGGGCAGCAGUACCUGAGGCCUCAGGGUCCCGUGGUCAUGCAGACAGUUUCCCAAGCAGGAACUGUGCAGAACGCCCUGAACGCUUUAGGAAACCAGCACCAGGCAGGUGGCCCAGCUUCCACUGCAGUCACACAGCAAGUUUGUAUUCCAGGCAGAGCUACAGUUACUAACUUGCCAUCUGGUGACAUGGGAGCAGUGUUAAAACCAGCACCUUUGCAUGGACAGUCACAGACGUUUGAGGAGAAGAACCGGCUCUUGAAGGAGCGCCUGGACAGGAUCUUCUGCGGCAACGAGCGCCGCUGCUCGCGGGCACCGGUGUACGGCCGGGACGUGCUGAGCCUUUGCUCCCUGGCUGGGGACACAAAGGCCUCCCAGCUGCCUUCCAGUGAGGGCAACAGCUGGAGGUGGGCUGGCUUUGUCAACUGCUGCCUUUCCACAAGUGCCUGCGGAGGCCCAAGUAACCCCUUGAGGGAAAUGAUCCUGGGCUUGGUUCAGCAACAGGAGUCUCUGAAGGAUCUUGUUAACAGGGCUCUCUUCGUGUUGCCAGCUGCAGUUGCUGCUCCCCCAUGUUUCUAUGUAGCAAAUCCUCCCCCUUCAUACAGUCACAGACUGAAACUCCUUAAGCACAGCCUGAGGCAGAAGGCAGCUCCACACUUGCAUCAGUUGCAACGGUUGACAACUCCUCACUUGCUGCAGUUCCCUGACCUCCGGCUGGUGCAGUAUGACUCAGGAAAAUUAGAAGCUCUUGCUGUCUUGCUUCAGAAGUUGAAAUCUGAAGGGCGCCGUGUGCUGAUUUUGUCACAGAUGAUUCUGAUGCUGGACAUACUGGAGUUGUUCCUGAAUUUCCAUUUCCUCACCUUUGUGAGGAUUGAUGAAUAUGCCAACCAGGAACAACGGCAGGAGCUGAUGAAAAUUUUCAACAGAGACAAGCGCAUUUUCUGUGCCAUCCUCUCCUCUCACAGCCGUUCCACAGGAGUCAAUCUUGUCGAGGCAGACACUGUUGUGUUCUAUGACAAUGAUCUGAACCCAGUGAUGGAUGCAAAAGCUCAGGAAUGGUGUGACAGAAUUGGGAGAUGUAAAGAUAUCCAUAUAUACAGGCUUGUCAGUGGUAAUUCUGUAGAAGAGAAACUUUUAAAAAAUGGCACAAAGGACUUGAUCAGAGAAGUAGCUGCUCAGGGAAAUGACUAUUCAAUGGCCUUUUUAACACAGCAAACAAUUCAAGAAUUGUUUGAGGUUCAUUCUCCUAUGGAGGAUUCUGGAUUUAGAGUGAAAGCAGAAGAAUUUGUAGUACUUUCUCAAGAGCCGUCUCCAGCAGAAAAUAUUUCACCUAAAGUUGCAAGACCAUUUAUAGAGGCCCUCAACAGCAUUGAACGAGAGGAUGAGGAAUCAAAUGAUCACAUACAAGAAAUAGGAUCUGAGUCAAGCAUUGAACCUUUAAUCUCAGAGCUGUGUGAGACAAAAUACAAUGAAGAGCCCUCGCAGCUGCAGGAGUUAGUUGCUGUUGUGGAUCAGCUGACUCCAAUUGAGAAGUAUGCUUUGAAUUAUCUGGAGCUCUUCCACGGUUCAGUUGAUGACAAUGAGCCACGGUUGAGUGAGAUGGAACUGAAAACUGCAAAGAAAGCCUGGGAAGUCCAGCAUAUGAAGGAGUUAAAGGAAAGAGAGCAAAAAAUGCUUUGGGAGGAUGAAGAGGAGCUUCUAACCUACACUCGGGAGGAUGCAUACAACAAAGAAUAUGUCUAUGAAGGUCCAGAUGGACAAACUGAAAUUAUGCCACUCUGGACUCCUCCUACUCCACCUCAGGAUGAUAAUGAUAUCUACAUAGAUUCUGUUAUGUGCCUGAUGUAUGAUACCACCCCUAUUCCAGAGUCAAAAUUGCCUCCAGUGUAUGUCAGGAAGGAGCGUAAACGACACAAAACAGAUCCCUCUGCAGGUAGAAAGAAGAAGCAACGUCAUGGGGAGACAGUUAUCCCACCUCGUUCACUCUUCGAUCGAGCAACUCCAGGAAUGUUGAAAAUGCGCCGGGAGGGCAAAGAGCAAAAGAAGAACAUCUUGUUGAAACAACAGACACAGUUUGCAAAGCCUUUGCCAACUCUUGUCAAACCAGCUACUGAGGCUGGGCAGGAUAAUCCAGAGUGGUUGAUCAGUGAAGACUGGGCACUUCUGCAGGCAGUGAAGCAGCUGCUGGAGCUUCCUUUAAACCUUGCUGUUGUGUCGCCAGCACACACUCCCAACUGGGACCUGGUCAGUGAUGUUGUUAACUCCUGCAGCAGAGUCUAUCGCUCGCCCAAGCAGUGCCGCAACCGAUACGAGAAUGUCAUAAUCCCAAGGGAGGAAGGAAAGCUAAUGUACGAAGCUAAUCCUAAAAAGAAGACAAAAAGUAUUUAUAAGACUAAAAACAGUCGCCCACUUCGUACCAAUCAGAUCUAUGCUCAAGAUGAGGGUGCAACCCACACACAGCUUUAUACUAAUCAUUUUGAGAUGAUGAAAAUGAUUGCAGGGAAAAGAAGUCCACCAAUCAAACCUCUACUUGGCAUGAAUCCUUUCCAGAAGAAUCCAAAGCAUGCAUCGGUGCUUGCAGAAAGUGGAAUCAACUAUGAUAAGCCCCUCCCUCCAAUUCAAGUUGCGUCCCUCCGAGCAGAACGCAUUGCCAAAGAGAAAAAGGCGCUGGCAGAGCAGCAGAGGGCCCAGCAGCAGACGGGCCCCCAGCCCCAGCAGCCCCAGGCGGGCCAGCAGCCCCCCCAGCAGCCCCCCGUGCAGCAGGCCCAGGCCCAGCCACAGGCACAGGCACAAGCACAGGUAGUUCAGCAGCCACAGGCAGUGGUGCAGACUGCAGUCACUACUGUGGCCAACACAGCAGUAUUGGCAGGCACCAUCAAGACAGCAGUGACGGGGACGAGCAUCCAGACUGCUACAGUGAGUGGAAAUGUAAUUGUAAACACUGUUGCUGGGGUCCCUGCUGCCACCUUCCAGCCCAUCAAUAAACGUCUGGCCUCCCCUGUUAUACCUGGGACGCUGACUACCUCGGGAGGCACGGCCACUGCCCAGGUGGUUCACAGCCAGCCCCGAGCGGCCGCGGCGCCGGCGGCGUCCACCGAGCUGGUGACCAUCGCCUCCACGCAGGGCGUGCGCGCCGUGACUUCGGUGACGGCUUCCGCCGUGGUCACCACCAACCUCACGCCUGUGCAGACCCAGACAAGGUCUUUGGUGACCCAGGUCACACCAGCUACACCAACAGUCCAGCUGUCGGGCAAAACCAUCACCCCUGCACACUUCCAGCUUCUGAGGCAACAACAGCAGCAGGCUGCUCAGGUGCAGGUCCCACAGAUCCAGGCUCAGGCACAAGCCCAGUCUCCAGCUCAAAUAAAAACUGUAGGGAAAUUGUCACAGGAGCAGCUGAUCAAGUUGCAGAAGCAGAAGCUGCAGCUCCCCCAGCAGCAGGCAGCGCAGCAGACACAGCAAGGGGCACAGCAGCAAACAGCACAAGUGCAAGUGCAGCAGCAGCAGCAAACGCAGCAGCUCACUGCUGUGACAGCCCCUCGUCCUGGCGCAGUCCUCACGGGCACUACGGUCACCAACCUGCAAGUGGCACGCCUGACUCGUGUUCCUGCUUCCCAGCUCCAAGCACAAGGACAGAUCCAGGCCCAGACUCCACAAGCAGCACAGGUUGCUCUGGCAAAGCCUCCAGUGGUGUCUGUUCCAGCUGCUGUUGUGUCAUCUGCAGGAGUCACCACACUCCCUGUGACUGUGGCAGGCAUUAGUGUUGCCAUUGGGCAGCCACAGAAAGCAGCAGGAGGCCAGACAGUAGUUGCACAGCCACUGCAUGUCCAGCAGCUGCUGAAACUCAAGCACCACCAAGCAGCACAGCAGCAGAAAGCCAUCCAGCCCCAGGUUGCACAGGGACAGGCUACUGUGCAGCAAAAGAUAAAUGCUCAACAGGUUACGGUCCAGACCCAACAGCAGACUUCACAGCAGCAAAAAGUAACUUAUGCUACACAGCCUGCCAUUAAAACACAGUUCUUAACAACUCCAAUUUCCCAAACCCAGAAACCAGGUGGAACCCAGCAAGUGCAGGCCCAGAUUCAGGUACAGGUUGCGAAACUCCCACAAGUGGUCCAGCAACAAGCUACUGUUGCCAACAUUCAGCAGAUGGUUUCAGUUUCCCAACAGGUACAAGCUCAGCCCCAGACUGUGACCCUUUCUCAGACGACAGCAGGUCAACAGCAGGUUCAGGUGAUCCCUGCAACCACUGCUACUGCUCAGGUCGUGCAGCAGAAACUGAUCCAGCAGCAGGUGGUGACCACAGCAUCUCCCCAGGUUCAGGCUCCAGGUGUACAGAACCCAGCCCAGACACCAGCAACACCUGAGGCCCAGAGUCAGCAAGCAAAAGUACAGAUGAGGACACCGACUGUCAGAUUAAAGGCACCUACUAAACCAAGUUGAACUAUUGCAGUAACAGAGAAACACAGUGUUUUGUGUUUGCUGAGACAAGUGAGAAGCUACUCCAAACAUCCAAAUGAAGACAAAACACCUCUAUUUUUAUUUUUUUUUUGUAGCAGAAGGUUUCUUGCUGGUGAACAUUUAAACAUGAAAACUCACGUGUAACUUCAGUGUAUUAGCAACUGUUUAGCACUCAAACUCUGUACAAGAUGCAUUCUGCCUGUGUUCUCUGUGCUCAUUUAAACCACAUAAAGCAAGCAUUACUUAGGUUGAAAUUCUGCCCAGCUUCUCAAAAGUGAAAUGGUGAUCUGCCAUAAAUGUCAGUAAAAUCCAUCUGUGUUAGAACACCACACCUGCCUGUGGGCAUGUGCAGCUCCUUGCUGUAGUUCAGUGUGUGCUCAGUACCCACAGUGAAGCCACACAAAGAUCCAGGUGUAGUUGAUACAGCACAGUAUUUUCCAUCUGUACAAAAGCUCUGUGUUGUUCUUCCCUGUGGUAAACACCCCUGGAAGAUCUAACACAGGCUUGAAGUGCUGCCUGCAAAGUUUAGCCAAUAAAUGUGAAAACCUGUAAGUAUAUGUAAUUAAAAAGGAAAAAAAAAAAGUUUCAUUCUCCAUUUUUGUAAGUCUUUUAAAAUGUUUGUUAGUAGUUUUUGUGUACAGUUUACUGAAUCACUCAACCUGUGUGCUCAUUCUCGUAUUUCACUUUAAAAUAAUGGAUAUUUUAGGCAUGAGCUGAGUAAAUACUGUGUUGAUAGUAAAUGUGUAUUAAAGUGUAGCCCAUUUUUUUUUGUAAAAGAAUUGUUUAGUAGAUACAGCUAAACAGAUGAUCCAUAGCUGUUUCUCAUGGGACUUUUGUCACAAAAAAUCUCCAGCUGAUAAAAUCUAAUCUCUCUGUUUCAUUCUGCUCUUGCAACAUGUUUAAAUGUUCAGUACUUUUUACACGGCUUUCAGCUUGGGGGGUGGGGGGCUGGGGGAAGGGGAGAAUAGUGAAAUUAAAUCUAAGACUUAAUUCUUCAACUGUGUAAAGAGUAAGAUCUAACUUUUGUACUAUUCUUUUACUAAAGCUAACAAUGAAUGUAUCUUCAGGUGGGUAUUUUGGAUGUGAAUAGAGCGUGGCCUCUUCCUCCAAAUCAGUUUGCCUUAUUGUUAUGGAGAAAAAAAAAAAGCAAAAAGCUGCAUAGAACUGUGGGGGGUUUCUUUACUUUUCUUGCAUACAAUGAAUAACAGAAUUUGCAAACAGCACUGAGUGAGGAAUCAAAAAACCCAUGGUGGCUUGAAGGGAUUUAUUUUACUUUGGCCAUAAAACUGCACAAUGUGUAAAAUCCAGACAAAAUUACAACAUUCCUUUUCUGAGAUGGUUUUAAAAUUAUGUUUUCAUUGUUUACUCUUUUAGGAAAGGAGCCUAUUUAAGGGCAAGGAAAGCAUAUAUUUUGUUUUUACCUCUGUAUGUCCACACUUGUUGGUUCCUGGCAAUCCACAUGGCUUAAACAAGAAAGCAUUCUCAGCCAGCUCCUCUGUGUUAGUUGGGAUAGAUACAGCCAGUUCUGUUCAGAUCACAAAUGCAAACAUUGGCUCAGGCAGCGUUCCUGAUUUUUUUAUUUUAUACCCCUUUUGUCCUGCAUACUUUUUUUUUUUUUUUUCAGACCCUCAGGUGUACAAACACAAGGGCAUUUUUUUUUAAACUGUUUUUGCAUGCAGUAGUGUUCCCCUGACCCUGCUAACCCCUGGCAUGUGCCAUCCCCUAAUCUUCACUGCCAGCCAGGGAGCUGGCACUGCUGACAGCAGAGUAGUUUAAAAUGCAAAGCAGAUGCAGUGGUAAUGGAUAGUGACACUGUGUACAGUAUAGCCUUGCUCAUCCAAAAACAUUGCUUAGGUAGCCCCAGUUUUACUUUUAAGUGUUUAGCUUUUAUGAUGUGCAUGAAGGUCGGGGUGGGGGGGAACACUUCCAGCAGUGGGAGAGCUGUUGGCUACGUCGUUGUGCUGGUCUGAUUUGGUGUCUAAAGAGGCGAUUGUUUCUUGUUUAGGUCAGUUGAUGAAGUUAAAAAGUCACCUUUUUUUUUUUUUUUUUUCCUUCUAAUUAUUUUUUUUUCUCUUCCUCUCGAUGUGUCUUUCUCCCGGGAGUGUGUUAGGAAGUCAGCCUGUACAUAAGUGAUGAACAUUUGUACUCGACCCAGUAGGAUGAUAAGGAAUAGUGCUGUAUCCUACCUGAAGGUGUAAUAAAGUGUACAUUUUUAUA